AUGCUUUUCUUUCUGAUUUCUUGUUUCUCCUUCAUUCUCCUCUCCAAGUUUUCAUUCUUCAAAACAAUUCCAUCUUGGAAUCUUCAAAUGGGUUCUGUUUCAUUUCAAUCUUUCUUCAAACACCUGCUAAAAACAAGCAUGAUUUCCCUCAGUUUUCCUCCUCUUGAUCCAAUGAAAAAUGGUGUAAUCACUUCAAAGGCAGAGAAGAAAGAUGGUGAUUGUUUAUCUGAUUUGCCUGAUUUGCCCUUGGAAUGCAUUCUUGAAAAGCUUUCCCCUGCUGGAUUAACCAGUAUGUCAGGGGUAUGUAGGUCUUUUAGGGCUAUGUGCACACAAGACCAUCUUUGGGAACCACACUUGAAAGGGAAAUGGGGUAAAUUAUUGAUGGGUGAUUCUGUAUAUAAAGAAUGGCAGGCCUACAUUGAUACCAAGAAGAAGAAGAAGAAGCAAACCCUUGUGGAUUGCUCAAAUGGAAAAGGGUAUUUUGGGGUUCUCACUACUGGUUUUUGGUGGAAGCAAAAUGUGAAAGAGAGUAGAAGCAGUAUUUGUGUGCCUGUUGAUUCAAUCAUGGCUUGGUAUCUCUCACUUGAAAAUGGCAGCUUCUCUUUCCCUGCUCAAGUUUACAACAGAGAGAAUGGGAAUGUUGGGUUUUUGUUAUCUUGUUAUGAUGCAAAAGUUAGCUAUGAUUCCAACACUGACAGUUUCAAGGCCAGGUAUUCGGCACACGGUAGGCCAACAACUGAAGAAAAUAUAGGAUGGGAAAGGCUAAGAUCACCAGCAGUUGAUGCAUCACCAUAUGAUCUUCAUGUCUCUGACUGCUUGACUCAUUUACAACCAGGAGAUCAUUUUGAGAUUCAAUGGAGAAAAUCUAAAGAGUUUCCUUAUGGUUGGUGGUAUGGAGUUGUUGGCCACUUGGAAUCAUGUGAUGGAAACAAGCUUUAUUGCCAAUGCCAUCGUAGUGAUACGGUGAUAUUGGAAUUCAAACAGUACAGCCCGGGGUCUAGAUGGAGGGAAGUGGAGAUAGAUCGGAAGGACCAUCGGGAAGUAGGCAAUGAAACAGACGGGUUUUAUGCCGGAAUCAGGAAACUUUACAAUAACGAUGAGAUCGUGAUCUGGAAGGGCCUUUGGCCGACUCAGCCGUUAGCGUAAUCGUGGUCUUGAUCUGUAUGCAAAUAUGAAGUUGGAACCCAUCCUUCAAACUGUAAAUAGAAGGUUUAGGCAGAGAAUUAAGCAGGUUUUAGGAGGAUAUGAAUUUGGCAUCAGUUUUUUGUUACUUGAUGCAACAAAAAUUAAGGUUUCAAAAGAAUAUGUAACAAAUAAAAUGAUGAUGCCAUUGUACAUAUAGUUUUCAUCCAUAUUUAUAUCGGUUUUUAUAUGGAACGCAUCGUGACUCUUAAGAAGUUGAUAUAACGUUUGUGAAAUCUAAGUCCA